AUGUUUCAUUUGCAACGGAUUCAACGACGUCUCCUAGCUGCACUUUUUAUUGUGACGAUCGCAAUUACUCUGUAUUUUUACACAAGUUGCCCUCAAGAAAUGUUUGUAUUGACAGCCACCAAUAUUAAACUAAGCAACACAAGUUACUUUGCUGCCAUCACUUCUCCAUCCCACCCGUACUGCCGACAAUUCCGACAGCAAUUUCCGAUGGUCUCAAACGCCGAUGCUGACAUGGAUAUAGCCUUUACACUAGUGGUUCACAAAGAUAUUCGCCAGAUUGCUCGACUCCUUCGGAUGAUUUACAGAAACAAUAACUACUACUGCAUUCAUGUAGAUAGACGUUCCAGCAGCAUAUUCGUUGAGGCUCUGCAAGGAAUUGCAAACUGUUUUGGUGCAAACGUGGAAUUAGUUCCACACGAUGAGCGCGUGGCUGUAAACUGGGGUGACGAAACGGUUCUGCUUCCGCAAAUUACAUGUGGGAAAAAGGCGUUGAAAAAUCACGCUACAUGGAAGUACUUGGUCAAUUUGGUUGGACAGGAUUUCCCACUACGAACAAACAUGGAGCUGGUAGCUGCACUGAAAGCACUCAACGGAUCCAAUCUCGUAGAGUCGUACCCACUUUCACAAUUUAAGUCAAGGGUGAAGGACCAUGUGCUGCCGCUUGGGGUAAGAAACAAAUUUAUGCAUUUUUCUGUUGGCGCUAUCCGUGACAUCAUGCUCCAGCCAGGGAAUAUCAUGCAUCCAGACGAAUUUUUCUUCUCCACACUCGCCUACAACAGCCAGUUUCGCCUGCCUGGAGCUUGUUUGCAUGGCCCUGCACCCUUACCAGAGGUGAACAUCGGCUAUCUUGGCAGAUUUGUCAUUUGGGGUGACUACGGCCUUAGGUGUCGGACGAAGUACGUUCGCUUCAUUUGUAUCUUUGGAAAUCCGCAUGUUGCAAUGCUGCAGAGUGUGCCACACAUUGCCGCGAACAAAUUCCACGAGGAUUACCAACCAGAGGCUUACGAUGAGAUGGAGAAGUGGUAUUUUCGGCGAAUCGCAUUUGAAAUCUCCACUGGAUCCUACAAUAAGAGCUCCUUCGAUCCAAGCACAUAUGCAAACCUCUCUUGUUCGCGCAAUCAUUUGUAG